GUGUCCAAGGCCAGGUUGGAGCAACCUGGGAUGGUGAAAGGUGUCCCUGCCCGUGUCAGGGUUGGCACUGGAUGAUCCUUAAGAUCCCUUCCAGCCCAAAAUAUCCUGGAAUUCUGUGCUGUAGCUGUUUCUCCCGGCUUGGAGAGCGUUGCCCUUGGAGAGGAGGCUCAGCCCGACGAGCCCAUGAACGAGGACAUCCGUAUCCACAGCUGGCCUUGCUCCUACUACCUGGACACCGGGAAGCAAUGGAUCUCUGGGAAACUCUCCCUGACUCCCGUCGGGAUCAAAUUCACAGCUGACAAAACCGGGGAGCUCUUGGUCGACUUCCACCUUUCCGGGAUCAGCGAGAUCAAGAAGGAAUCUUCCAACCUGAUCUUCAGCUCCCUCACCAUCCUGGAGAAGAACACCAAGCACUGGUUCAGCUCCCUGCAGCCCAACAGGAAUGUGGUGUUCAACAUCCUGGAGCACUUCUGGAGGGAGCAGCUGCUGGAGAGCCGAGGGGCGGGAGCGGCAGGAGCGGCCCCGCGGCCCGGGAAGGGCAAGGAACUGACGGGAAUGUUGGCGGGAUCCCAGAAACGCCUGGAGGACACGGCCAAGGUGCUGCACUACCAGGGGGAGCAGUUUGACAACAUCAUGAGAGGGCUCAACAAGAUCGAGGGGGACAUGGAUGUGGCCGACAGGUUGUUGACAGAGCUGGAAUCUCCUUCCUGGUGGCCCUUCAGCAGCAAACUCUGGAAAGCCCCUCUGGAAUCCAAGCCCAAGGAAGUGGCCGCAGCUUCCGAGCCCAAGAACCAGGAAGGAAUCAUCCUGAGAAUUCCAGUCAUCAUCACCCACAGAACAGACUCCAAUGCCAAGCCAGGAAAACUCACACUCUUUGCCUCUGGCCUGGAGAUCAGUGACUGCAAUUCCCAGGUGAUCCACAGGUUUGAAUCCCGGGAUGUGGAUGAUAUCCGGGUGCACACUCCCUACGAGAUCAGCGUCCGCCAGAGGUUUAUUGGGAAGCCCGACAUGUCCUACAGGCUCCUGUCAGCCAAGAUGCCAGAGGUCAUUCCCCUCCUGGAGAUGCAGUUCAGCAAGAAGAUGCAAUUCCUGGAGGAUGCCCUGGGAUUUGUGGGAGCCAGGAAGUCUCCUCAGGUGGAUUUGGGGACGUCCAUCUGGCAGGCGGCCACGGGACUCCUGGGAGGGGUGGUGCAGCCUGGAUCUCCAGCAGGAAGCAGGGAAGGGAUGGACAACGAGCAGGUUCAGCUGCAGCAGCACGAGAAGGUCUCCCAGGAAGAGGCAAAAGAGCUGAGACAGGUAUAAGCUGUAAUAGAUAUGGAAGUGAAGGAAAAUGGGGUCGAAGGGGGAAUUUCUUCCCAGGAGAAGCAGAUUUGGAAGGUGUGGAAGUUUGGGAUUCACACGGGGCUCAAAAACGUCCAUAUAGAGCCUUUUGGGUUUGGAAUCCCUGGAAUCAUCAAGGAAAUGACACCUGAGCAAGACAUGGAAUGUUUGGGAAGGAGCAGGAUGAUGGAUCAUCGCAUUUACAAGGAAUUCAGAGAGUGAAGAGGGAAAAACAAGCAUUGAAGACAGAGAUCCUUGUGCCAUCACCUUUUAUCCAUUAAUUAAAGAUAUUUGAGGGCCUUGUGUUUAUAAUUAGUGUUUUCCUGAGCAAUUCCCUCUCCUGAGGGUUGGGAUCUUUUAUUCCUUGUGGUGAAAACACUUGUUUUGCAUCAAAAAAAAAGGAGGAUUUUACUCCCUCUCUCUCACUGUUUGUGAGCUGGGUGAGUCAGGAGAACUUCCAAAGCUGGAGAAGAGGAAUUUGUGGUGAACAAAGAGCUGUUGCUCUUCCUCUCUCCUCCAGGGAUAACAGCAGGUGUUUUCCAACAGGAAUUGUUGGGGGAUGCUCGAUUCCUUCCCUCGGAGCUGGAAUUCCUGCCCUCAGUGUGAUUUGGGUGCUCAAGAAAAGGACCUCACCGGGAAUUCCUGAGGGAACAUUUAUGUUAAAAAACACAUUUUGUGGCAGUGUGAGUGUUCCUGAACUGGGUUAUGGAGACAGAAUCCUACAAAAUUCCAAUGGUGUGUCUGGCUGGGAUUAAUAAAAUGGCCCCAGGACUGGGAGGGAUGUGACAA